AUGGUCGCGUGCGAGAACUCCGCCGCCGCCAUCAUGGCACCAUCCACCAGCGCCUCCUCCUCAGCCUCUUCUGUCUUGCUCUGCUGCUGCUCCAGCAGCAACUCCUUCAGCCCGGAGUCGGCGUCCUCGCACUCCAGGAACUUCGAGAUGCGGCGCAUGGACACGAUGAAGCGUGCGACGCUCGACAUCGAGACAGGAAUCAUGACGAACGGCAUCUGCAUAAUGUCCAGCAGUGUGAGGGUGGGGAACACGAUGGUCGGCGUCAGCUCGUGCCCGCCCGCGUGGUACAGCACGAAGACCACCGCAACAACGGCGGCGGGGAUCGCAUUUGUGAGGAACGCCACGGCGACGUACAGAAGCUGCGACGUGCGUAGCGCUGCGAGCUCCACGCGCCGCUUCUCCUCGAUGCUUCGAAUGAACGACGGCUCCCACGACAUGAAUUUCGCCACGCGCACGCCGGAAAAGAACUCGUUGGUCGCCUUGAGCCGCGCAUCAGUGGCGCGCGAGAGCGUCGCGAACACGGCGAAGUAUCGCCGCAUCAGGUACCCCUGCAGUGGCAUGAAGAGGAUCAGCACGCCGAAGCCGGCGAAAGCGCACCAGCCGACAAGGCGAUACAGCAGCACGAGCGCGACGACGAGCUGCAACGGGGCGCCGAUGGCGACGGGCAGCAGCUGCGGCAGGCUGCGCGCGCUAUCCAUGUCGCUGCUGAUCAUGUUGACGAUUCGGCCGACGCUCAUCUCCGGUUGCGCUAGCGCCGUGCGGGAGAUGGUGGCGCACUUCUCGAAGAGAACGCCCUGCAGCGCAUUCUGGAACAUGUAG